UCCCCCUCCUUCCUCCUGCCUGAGGGUCCAGCUCACGCAGUAGCAAGGUAUCGGAGCCUUUCAAACGUUGCGAGCGCAGGACAUGCGGCGAUAGCCACGGCCAGCUAGGCAGCGCCUGGAGCGAGCAGAUGGACGCAGACAAGGCCGCCCAGCAAGACGACGACGACGCGAACCAGUGGGAGCGCUACCCCUGGGCCGCGACGGCGCAGCAGCUGCGCACGCACCAGUUCCGGUACGAGUCGAGCAGCGACGAGAGUGAUGGGGACACCGUCGACGAGGAGGCGGGCGCCGAGGAGGCGAAGGCGGAGCCCCUGGAGCUGGGGCCGCUCCCGGAAGCACCGGCGAUCGCGGCCCCGCCGGCGAAGACGGACGACGAGCAUCUGAGCGACUUCGUGGACGCGCUGCAGAAGAAGCAGCUGGGGCGCGUCUGUCGGCUGCAGCGGCUGGGCUUCGACGUCGACGCGGCGCUGACGGACGACGGCGAGCGGGCCCUGCACUUCGCAGCCGAUAGUCCGGACAUGCUGGACGUCCUCAAGUGCCUCCUGCGGCUGGGCGCGGCCCCGGACGCGUUGGACGUCCACGGGAGGAGCGCGGCGCACCGGUGCGCGGCCAUCGACUCGCGGGACGGCCUACGAGCGCUCUACGAGUUCGACGGCGACGUCGACGCCGAGGACACGCGGGGCUUCGCGCCGGCGCACCUCGCCGCGGCGCUCGGCAAGGCGGACGCGCUCGCGUUCCUCCUCGAGACGGGCGUCCACUGCGAGCGGCUGCACCGGAACGGCUUCACGCUGUCGCUCUUCGCGGCGCGGGCGGGCCACCUCGAAGCGCUCCAGGUUUUAGUGAAGCACGGCGCGGACGCGCGGCGGCCGUGUUUUAUCGAUCACGAGCUCGUCGCGGGGCGGCGCGUCCAGACGACGCUCAUGCAGGUCGCGCUCUACGACGGCCGCGACGCCGUGGCGACCUACCUGCGGGACGAGUGCGGCGUGGGCAGGUGGGAGUCGGAAUUGGUGGUCGUUGACGAGGGGUACAUGGCGCGCGAGACGCAGCGCCGCCUCGCGGACGAGGCGGCGUUCCGCGCCGCGGGGCGGGCGCGACGGGCGCUCGCGCGGCGGCCGAGGCUGGGCUUCGCGGCGCCCGGCACGAAGAUCUACUCGCCGCGGCCGCCGCCGGGCGGGUUCCCGCGGCUGCGGCCGCCGGCGCCGCCGCCCGCGGAGGAGGAGAAGGUCGUCGAUGUUGUGGUCGAUACGAGUCCGGAGAAGAACACGUAA